AUGGCUUGCAAGUGCAUUAUCCUUCUGGCAGUAGCAACUCUUGCUAAAGGAGCAGUAGUUCAAGUGAAUCAACCGUUGGUUACUCCUGUGGCAGCUCGCGUCGCUGUUCCUGUUGCCGCGAAACUUGAAGAAUUAGAUACACAACCUCGCUACAGCUUUGCAUACGAUGUACAAGACUCGAUCACCGGAGACUCCAAGGCUCAGUACGAAACUCGCGAGGGCGACGUCGUCCAGGGUAGCUACUCGUUAAUCGAGCCCGACGGUACCAGGAGAGUGGUCGAGUACACUGCCGAUCCCGUCAAUGGUUUUAACGCGGUAGUUCGCAGAGAACCAGCCGUCUCUGGCGUCACUGCAGUUGUCGAGCCCGUGGGUGUCGCUCCGGUCGCGCCUGCCGCCGUGUCACCCGUCGUACCGCAAGUGCCUACUUCAGGACCCGACUCUGAAGUUGAGGUGAUCGAUGCCCGUGUGGUUCAGACGCAACGAAAUCAGCAAGAGCAAACCGAACAACUCCGAGCUGCUGGACAGCAGGCUAGAAGCGCCAGGCUGCAAGCCCAGCAGAUCAGAAGCCAAGUCGGACAGGUGCCCGUCAGAGCGGUGGCUGCACCUCUGGCUCUGCCUGCCGCCGUCACGACCAAUCUCGUGGAGCAAAGGGUCGUGGCUACACCAUCAGCUCGCGUCACCUUCACCUACCCUUCGGCGUUCACUGCUACGUACACCUCGCCCGUAGCCUACGACGCGCCCGUGUCUGGACUCGCUUACACAGCUACAGUCGCCUGA